GUCUAAAAUUCAAAUUAACGGUCGUAGUUGGCACCGUGUGGUAAAGAAUUAGUCAAAGCCUCAACUUUGGUAUCAUUAGAGAUGAAGGCUAUUGUGUGUCUGCUCGUUGCUGCCCUUGCCUGCAUUGAAGCAUGCCAUGUAGAAAUUGACAACAGAAGUGGCUAUGAGAUUGGCUGGACCUUGGUAUUUGCCAGCAAAACUGAGGGAUUUGGUUUGGUUGAUAGUGGAACCAGACACACCCAUAACUGCAACACAUGUCUGCCAAGGGAUAUCUACAUCACAUGGAACAAUGUCAACUGUAUGAUCCAAGUGAACUGUGUUAGUAAGCCAACAAUUGAAGUGAAUAUAUACCCACAAUCUGGUGGUAGAUGGAUGAUGAAUGUCAGAAACAAAUCAUAUGGAUACACAUCUCAAUGUCCCAUGCCAGCACCAAAAUCACUUCUAUAAGGUGCCAGGUCUUGAGAGGGAACAUUCAAAGAGACUUUGAGGAUCAAUAAUUGAGCAAGCAAUAUAUUAUAUGAAAUGUAUGAAAUAUACCUGAAAUAAAAAAUAUUCUUAAUUUUCCUGAA